AUGCAUUUCAACUUUGCCUGUAUCACCGCCUGCGUCUUCGCAGCUGCUGCUCUCGCAGUCCCCGUCGAAGUUGAGCGAAAGGUCGUUGUUGUCCGCGCUGAUGUCUGCCCUGCUCCUGCACCUGCAACCACUGCUCCAUCUCCGCCUGCUGAGCACUAUUCUCCUCCUCCUGCUGCUCCUGCCCCUGCAACCACUGCUUCAUCUCCGCCUGCUGAACACUACUCUCCUCAUCCUACUGCUCCCGCUCCUGCACCCCCCGUUACCACAACAGUGUCUAACACUCCUCCGGCUCCGCAGAGUACUAGCGUCGACAACAAGCAAUGCUCGUCUGGAACCUCGGUUCACUGCUGUGACACUGUUGACAGCACGGACAACUCGAAUGUUUUGAAUGCAUUGGAUUCUGCUGGUGUUGAUCACUCGGAUGCUACCCAGAAGGGCCAAGUUGGAUUGACUUGUACUCCCAUUACCACCUCUCUCGUUGACGCUCUCAACGGCAACGUUUGCCAGGGUGCAGUCACUGCCUGCUGCGAGAAGACCAACCAGGUCGGCCUCGUCAACCUCAACCUCGGUUGCACCAUCAUUCCCGUCAACCUUUAA